AUGAUGUCGUGGAUUCCCGGUUCCCCGAGCAAACUCUUAACAUAUUUCGUACCUAACCGGGAGAAACUUUUCCGCAUGCUCACGAACCUCGAGACGCAUAGCACUGAUGAGUGGGAGCGGAGAUUUGAAGACCUGAAGAGUGAUCUUAUGGUACUUAGCACGGAGGCUGUUCGUCUCACGACGGAAGUUCAGAGUUUGAGGGGUGUGAAUGCGGAGCUGAAGAACCUUGGAUCUGGUUGA